CCCAUCAGCCCCUCUCCCGUCUCUCUAUUGGCUGGCUGUGCGCGCAAGGCUGCGCGCGGGCGUUUGAAGCGGGGAAAGGCGUUGUUGCCAUGGAGACGCGGCUUAAUGGCCGCCGCCGAGCGGUGCGGCGGCCGUGAUUGACACUCACUGAAUAUCCUUGAAGACCUUUCCUCCACCUUGAGAAGUGCACUGAGAAGGAAAAGAUCUUGUGAAAGAGGCUCUAGGUUGAAGAUGGCAUCAUGCCUUUAUGAAUGCCUUUGUGAAGCAGAACUUGAAAAAUACUAUCCUCACUUUGCUGCCUUUGGUCUUCAGAAAAUUGAUGAGCUUGCCAACGUUUCCAUGGAAGAUUACACCAAACUGGGGAUCCAUGACAUAAAUGACCGCAAGCGUCUUCUUCAGCUCAUUAGAAUAAUCAAAAUUAUGCAACAGGACGGUAUUUCAGACUUAAGCAAGCAAGAUUUUCAACCACUUGGCCUUUUCAUUCCACCUCAGGUGACCAGGUCAGGACCCCGUAGACAGCUGCAUUUCGAGUCCUUCUGUGAAGAAAAUGAUGGAACAGCUGAAGACUCUGAACAUGAAUUGUAUAAUUCACCUGAUUUCAGUGCCAAUGAAGAGAAGAACAGUGUAGGGGAAAUGCUGGGACACAUUCCACCACACGAUUCAGAGCCAAUCAGAUUAACUAGAAGAGACCUAAAUAUUCCUGGAAUAGGUACAGAAAACGACCUCAGCUGUCCAACAGUUUCUGAUGAUAUUGCUCCUCUCCUGGGGGAUUCUGAAGUUCCUAUUAUACAAAGAGUAAAUCAUAUUUCAGGGUAUAAUUAUGGACUACCUCAUUCCUGUAUCAGAUCCAAUACUUUCGACAAAGAGACUCCAUGGACAGAGAGUGAAAAAAUCAGAGUGUGUGUCCGAAAACGUCCUCUCUGCCUGAGGGAGGUGAGACGUGGGGAAGUUAAUAUCAUCACAGUGAAAGAUAAAGAAACCCUACUUCUCCAUGAGAAGAAGGAGGCAGUUGAUCUUACACAAUACAUUUUACAGCAUGUUUUUUAUUUUGAUGAAGUCUUUGGGGAGACAUGUACCAAUCAGGAUGUGUAUAUGAAGACAGCUUAUCCUCUUAUUCAGCAUAUUUUUAACGGAGGCAAUGCAACUUGCUUUGCAUAUGGGCAGACUGGUGCAGGUAAGACUUACACCAUGAUAGGGAAUCACCGGAACCCAGGACUCUAUUCCCUGGCUGCCAAGGACAUCUUUAGGCGCCUGGAAGAGUCACCAUCCAGGAAAGAUCUUAUUGUUCUCAUCAGUUUUUAUGAGAUCUACUGCGGACAGCUUUAUGACCUGCUAAAUGGAAGGAAAAGACUCUUUGCAAGAGAGGAUGGCAAGCACAUUGUUCAGAUAGUUGGACUGCGGGAGGUUCAGGUGGAUUCUGUAGAUCAGCUCUUGGAGGUGAUUUUGAAGGGAGGAAAAGAACGUAGCACAGGAGCUACUGGAGUCAACUCAGAUUCCUCUCGGUCUCAUGCCAUCAUCCAAAUUCAAAUUAAAGACACAGCCAGCAGGGGAUUUGGAAGGAUAUCAUUCAUUGACUUGGCUGGCAGUGAAAGGGCAGCUGAUGCCAAAGACUCGGAUCGACAAACAAAAAUGGAAGGAGCAGAAAUAAACCAAAGUCUUUUGGCACUAAAGGAAUGCAUUCGGGCGUUGGAUCAGGAACACACGCAUACUCCUUUCCGGCAAAGCAAAUUAACUCAGGUGCUAAAGGACUCUUUCAUUGGCAAUUCCAAGACAUGUAUGAUAGCCAAUGUUUCACCGAGCCACAUAGCUACAGAGCAUACCCUGAACACUCUGCGAUAUGCUGACAGGGUCAAAGAGCUGAAGAAAGGGAUUAGAUGUUCUACUCCUGUCACAAAAAGACGUCGCAGAGCUGGAAAUGUAUCUCCAAAAUGUGUCCAAAGCACUCCCUCUUUGCCACCAGGGGAAAAGAUCUCUCCAAAGAAAGCAAAGCUAGGCCUACAGCGUCCCUCAGGUGCUACAAAACCAAAGGCAUAUCCUGCAGCACUCCAGCCACCUCGUGUCCCUCUUACCUCUACUCCCAAGGGAACUGGCAAAGAACAUACCUACAAAAGAAAUAACAGCACUCCCUGCUUCCACCACACCACCCCAGUUAAGGGAAUCCUACGGAUAACACAUCCCCCGAAGAAGAAAAAUUAUAAUCUAUCCUCCCACUCUGAAAAGGUGAAGGAUUUCAUUCCCAUUGCAAAAACAAAAGAGAGUGACCAGCAAGACAAGUAUAUGCAAAACAGAACACCUGUCCAGUGCCUGAAAGUCCAGACAGUACAACCUGUUCAGAAACAGCUUGUUCCUAGAGAUGAUAGUUCCUUUGGAGAUGGAAAUCUGUCCUCUGACAGUGAACAGGAAUGGGGAAAUACUUUCCCUAAACAGCCUGUUGAACCCUGGACAUAUUUGCCUCCCUUUCAGAAGGAAAGAGAAGAGCAUUUACGUCUUUAUCACCAGCAGUUUCAGCAGCCCCCUAUUCUAAAGCAAAAAUUGAACUAUCAACCCCUUGAGAGGUUCAUAAUGCAAUACAAGCCUGAGGAGAUUCAAGUGAAGCAGGAGCUGAGCCUUACUCCAACUGAAGUGCAGAGCAAAGAGGGGAUACAGCUGGAAGAUCUGGAUGACAGUGAUUUCAGUGAAGAUUCCUUCUCACCUAUUUGUAGUCAAAAGAGUGUGAAAAGAGGAAAUACCAACAAAUGCAGUCAACAUUCAUUUUUCCUUCAUGAAAGAGAACAAGGAACCAAAGAAGAGCAAAAAUGCCCAAAGCGACAGGAUUUAUUUUUUAAGUAUGCAAUAUCCAUGCAAGAUCAUGGAUUAGAUGACAGCUGGGAUUGUAGUGAGGGUAGCCCAAAGGCAGAGGAAUCCAUUAAAAAUGCAGGCUGCAGCAAUACUCCUGCAGACUGGAGCUAUGACUUAGCUGUUGAAUCCUCUCCAAGCAAUACUGCAGAAAAACCUUACUGUCUGCAGGAAGAUCCUGCUUGCAGCUGGAGAAAUGGCAAGGAUUUCCUAGCUGAUCACAAAGAGUACAAGUCCAAACACAGAUGUCUUGUUUACUCCAGUGAAGCCACCUUAACUCCAGAAAAGGAUGCUUCAAACCCAUAUGUAUCUUCUGUAUUGAAAUCGGGAACUCCAGAGAUCAAAGAGAUUGAUCUCCAGCAUGAGGAGAAGGAAGAAUCCACUUUGGACAAAAAGGCUGCCCUUGCAGGAGGUGUAAAAUGGAAAGCUCAAAAAACUGGAGAUAGCCACUGUAUUUCUUCCAGUUCUUCCUCAGAAUUCACCUCCGAAUUUAUGGCCCCUCUCCUGGUGUCCCCUCUUGAUGGCGAGGACACAUCUAGAACAGAGAAAGCAUCUUCCAACCAGGAAAAGCCUCUCCGCGAGAAGCAGGUGCCAGACAGUGACACCCAGAGCAGGUUUGACGACAAGGGCUGGCAGUGCACCAGGAGCAGAUCUCUGACUGACAGCAUGCUGGAACUGGGGGAGCAGACCUGCCUCGGGGGAAGGCUCUGUGCCCUGCUGGACUCCCCUCAAACCGCACACAAACGGCUUCCACAUGCCUGCGGCCGUGUGAAGCCGUGCUGCUGCCACCUGAGAUUGGAUUCAUCCAAGCAGGGAGCCCGGUGCAGUUUGUUUGUUGGACAUGACCCGACAAAAACAUCUGCAGCUGGAUCCACAGCUGGAUCUGCAGUCCCCAGGCCAGAGAGAGAGGGUGGGGGGCUUUGCACUGAUUCCCCCUGCAAAGAACACACAGGAGGCAGAUGGUGUGCUGCUGAUGUUAACCAGCAAAACAAUGCUUGUAAUGCAGAGAAAUUUAACUCAAGACGAGGGUCCUGUGCUGAGGAAAUAAAUGCUGAAAUACCUGAAAAGAGCUACGCAGCCCAGUCCCUCUGUCAAGAGAGCAGCCUGCUGUUGCAGCCCAAGCCAAGACUGAGGAAUGAGGACCUCACCCAUUCUGAAGACCUUGCCAAGUCAUCAUUUGGCAAUGAGGAAACAGAGUUGCUAAAAAACAAGUUAAACCAGAGUCUUUUUACACAAGAGACUUUUGCUUCAGAUGAAGGAUUUGCAACCAAAGAUAACAAGCCAGUAGCAAAUGCAAAGUGCUCCUCACACAUAUCCAGCAGCAGCUCUCCAAGUGCUGCAUCAGAGAUGGGGAAAUUGCAGAGGGAAGCCCUAGAAAAGGCACAACAGACUGUAAUUCGUGCUCAUCGGCAGCAGCUGGAUGAAAUGGCAUGCCUGUGCUUCAAGGAGGAGUGCUUGAUGAAUCAAAUGUCAGCAAUGGAUUUUCAGAAUUUCAUGACCAUGCUGGAUGAAAUCUUAGUGCUGAAGUCAAAGUGUGUCCAAGCAAUGCGAGCCCAACUUCAGCUCUGCUUAGCCUCCCCUGGCACUGACACAUCACUGCAGACACCUCCACCAGUUUAGACCUUCUUUGCUUCCACAUGCACUGGAGCAGCUACAGGAAAUGCCAGCCAGCGCUUUGCUACACUUGGUGCUGCAGUGUGGGGGGUAGAGGAUAGCUUUUGGUUUGAUGUUUGUAAUUAAUGUGCGCUUUAUAUAAGGAUGGAGAGAAUUCUGAGUAAAUGAGAGAUGACUAAUUGGCACCAUAAGCUUUUUAUUUCAUUAAUACCAGUAAGACACGUUCUGAACAGUAACAAUUUAGCAGCCUUUAAAUAUCUCACCAAGCAGUAGGCAAGUUGUGUUCAUGUACCAUAGCAGCUUCUCACAUGUUAAAGGCAAUUCUGUGUUGCCAAGUAAGGGAAACAACUUAGAAGCCAGAUACAGAUCUGAACAGAAAUGCUCAAAAGCUACCCAUGAAAGUCUUUGCAAACAGAAGCCAGGAAAGAGAGAAGAGCCAGGGCUUGUUACACUAAUGUGACUGCACCUAAGUUUGGAAGUCAAGGCACGGUGUGAGGUGCUGUCAGUUUCAGAAGAAGGAAGCCUAUUGUUGAAUUAGUUCUUGGGAUAAACCCUCAGAGCCCUGAAAGAGGUGGUUUUAAGUUAUGGGCAAGGAGUGGUUUAGCAGGGACUUCAUACCAAAGAUUCCAUCUGGCAUAUUUAUAAGCACAUGGGUUUCAUGCUGCUGCCCAGAGGAAGACUCCAGCAGCUGUACCUGCUGCACACCACAUCUAAUGCCUGCAUUCAGCAGAGCUGAACAGACUUCUCACGUGAAAAGGGCAUUUGCUUGGAGGCACUGAGCUUGCAGAAGCUGCUGACAGCAGUUAUGUGAAACUGGUAUUCAAAUCAAGAGCUACAGAGCCAUCAGCUGGAGCCCUGCACAAGCCCUUGUGCUGCAUGCAUCACAUCUGAAUCACAAAGCCAGUCCACUUCUUUUGAAGGCACAAGUGACCUUGAGACAUGCUUGCUGACAAUGCACUGUGUGAGCACUCCCACUCCAAAAUUAGGGCUGUCGCAGCACAUUCAUCCAUCUCUGUGUCUCCUCAGUAAUGUCUGUGGUAGCUCAUUCAAAGCCUGCUCAGUAGCCAGAAAUGCCAAAGGGAAUAGAACACUGCUAUCUGACCAGCUGUGGAUUUUGCUGCCUGCAUAGCCUCCCUGAGGAGCCCAGGUUGGGCUGAGCAGCAAGACAGUAAUCACAGUGACACUCUGGGAUGCAUAUUUGGUGCAAACACUCCUAGGAAUGUCACCCAGUGUAGGCCUGGGGAACAGAAACAAAUCCCACAUCACUGCCUUGACUCUGGGGUUGUCUUUAGCACUAGUUAGUUUCCACCUUGCAACAGAGACUGAGUUUCUGUGUGGAGCACAGAGCAGAGUUUCUCUGGGAUCUGAGGUUAUGGCUCUCAAAAUCACAGGCCAGCAGCAAGUCACACCUGAACCUUGGUCAGAAGCCUCCCUCACUCACCCAGAGAGACGAGGCACCUAGGAGCAAAACUGAGAAUUUCUUCAUGACACGGAGCAGUGGCGCCCAACAGCCACUGGAGAGCUGUAAAGCAGUGGGACAUCAACACUCCACUAAAACCAUGCAGGGAGGAGCAAGUGUUUAAAACCAGCAAUUCCCUCCACUUCCUGGGGCCAGGGAGAGCUUUCUUGUGAGUAAGGUGAGGGGAAUAUGAGGUAGUGGGGUGGUCCGCCUGAUACCAUUAUCUAAAUGUGGGCACUUAGUUUCCCCAGCACAUUCUCAGCGAGCAUGCAGCAAACGCUGCUGUCAGGGAGCAGCUGAGGAGUUUGGCAAGUCUAUUUGGAACUGAGGAAAAGGUCAGACUGGAAGAUGUUGCACAAGUCAUAGUAAAAUGUAAAAAUAGUAAAAUACCCAUUCAAAAAUGAGGGAGGAGAAUUUUCCCUCCACACUCUGACUUUUGGGAGACGAGUAUUGAUUAAUUGCUCUUUCAGGUUUUUAAAAAGCAGCUGAACGAAGUAUGUUCACAGGCAUUUCGAGUGUCCUACAGAAGCUGGACAUUCCUAAGCAACACACACACACAACUGCACAACGCGCAGUGCUAUGUCCUAACCUCAGUAUCUGCAGGCACAGUUGUGACAAGUCACGAGUGACCAAAAAUUUCUGUGAGCAGAGGCGAUGUGAGUUAAGUCAGCUGCCAGACUGGAGCCACCUGUGAAUCCCAUCUGAUCUAUUGUGAAAAAAGCAAGUCUCUAGCAGAUCUGAUCCCCAGCAUCGAUUCCCAGAGCAGGAACUAUGUGCUCCCUUGAGGAACGGCCAGGGACACUGAGAAACAGCAAAUAAUCAAAACAACAACCACAUACAAUUUUCUGAUAACAAUCUUUUUUUAAAUGGGUUAUCUAGCCAAUCCACAUGACUAUACCUUCUUAAAUAUGUUUUAUUAUGUCUGUUCUCCAAAUUUUAUUUUCUCUACUGAAUGUGAAAGUUGACCAAAUUAAAAAAAAAAUAAAGAACCUGGCUGUGAAAAUCAGCCCAUCCUUGGCAAUAACAUGGACAUGCUUGAAGUGCUGCACACCCCAAAGAUACCAACAAAGGGUUUCUCAUAUGCAACAGAAACUAUCAAGCUGUUGUCAGAAAUGGUAACAUUUUUCUCUCCCCUCUGAGGGUUAUUACCUAGUUGCUGCUUUAAUUCUUGUGUGAAAAUCUGCUAAAUGAACAUUUUAAGUGUCAUCCCCUUCCUACUGUUUGAUUUUUCACUGACAAUUACUACAAAAGGUUUUCACUUCAAGUUGAUGAAUAUGUGUUAAAGUGUUAUAAAAGCAAUCUAAGAGAUUUAGAGAGCUUGGCCAUGUACAAUCAAAUAAACACAGAACUAAAAUGGAUUCACUUUUGUAUUCAGAUGCAACAAUGACUACUAAUGCUUAUUAGCAGAGGCUUGAUACUUUAUUUCAAUA